AAUCACAUGGCGACCUCUGUGCUGUUUCCGUUGUUCGGGAAAAGGAUUUCGUGUGAACUGUUUCACAUGAAUAGUUCCGUUGUGAAUGUUUGUGCGACGCAGUCGCGUUAUGAACGUCUAUAUAUUUUGUAUAUUUUAAAACGGAUUAUUCUGCACGGUGUACGUUAUACAGAAUUAUAAUUUUAAAAUUCAUUUUCCUCUGUGAACAGAAACAAGGCCAAGAAAUGACGCUGUUUACGUUGUUUCCAUCCACACAAGUGAAGUUAACAGACAAAAACACCCAGCUCUUUCAAUCUCAAGUCUGGUAUUCCAAAACCCUGUUAAUCACAUUUGGAACUCAUUGGUGAUGCAGAACAUUCGUGUUGCCCUGAGAGACGGAAACACUUCAUGGUCCUGAUGCUGUAAUAGAGUUUAUCCCUCACUGACUAAUGUCCUGUGGAGUUUGACCCAAAUAUGGACCAACAAACGGCUGGAUGUGAUUCAGAACAACUCAAGCAUGAGGAAAAUAAUGCAGCAAAUACACUGGAAGCUUCGUCUCAGUUGAAGGGGAUGGAUAUGCCUAUUCAAACGAGAAGCAAGAAAAGUGUAACCAAAAAACGGAAAGCAUCAACAAAAAAGGGGAAAAAAUGUGCUACCAUUACCCGAGACAAGUUUCCGUCUAAUGUAGGACAUGUUGCAGAGGGCACCGAACACAUGUUUCGCACCCACAUCUGCUCUGAAUGCAGACGCUGCUUCAAGACUCGCUCCCAUUUGAUAGAACAUAUGCGUAUUCACUUUCCUGACCCCAAUCUGCAAUGUCCCACCUGCAAACACUAUUUCACCAGCAAGAGUAAGCUGCGCGUCCACAUGCUGAGAGAGACGGGACAGAAACUGCACCGGUGUCAUCUAUGUGAGUAUGGAUCGGUGGAGCGUAACUCUCUGCGACGACACCUCGCCGGUGUGCAUGGGCAUCAAGAAGAUGAUGCUCCCAGUGGAGAGCUCUUUAAAUGCCCAACUUGCCAAAAGACUUUCAGUCAGAGUCAGGCAUUAAAGAGCCAUAUGAAGUCUCACAAUAAAACACAAGAUGGUCAGCCAUUACCUUGUUUCCAUAAAGGCUGCUCAUUUCAAUGUAGAGAAAAGAAAAAGCUUCUAAAGCAUGUGUUAGAUGCUCACCAAAUUGAAGCCGUAGAGUGCCGUCAUCACGCCUGUGGGGCUUUCUUCGGGAGCAUUGAAGACAUGGAGAAACAUUUGCGCACACAUCAGGCUUAUCACUGCCCCCAUUGUGACUUCUCAUGCUCAAAUAAGAGCCUUUAUCAGCAGCACAAAAGGCAAGGACAUCCAGGGAAUCAAGAACUGAACUGUAGCUUCUGCCCUUUCACAACCCUCAACCCUGUAGAGUUCGAUCAACAUGUUGGUCACUUUCAUGCCAGUGAGAAAACCCACCACUGUGAGCAGUGCAGCUUUGUAACGGCUCACAAAAGAGUUCUGAAAAGACACAUGCUGAUGCACACUGGUGAAAAGCCCCACAAAUGUACUCUGUGUGACUUCAGAUGUCGCGAUGAAACUUAUCUUUCAAAGCACAUGCUGACACACUCUGAUGACAAACAGCACAUGUGCUCAGAAUGUGGAUAUGUUACGAAAUGGAAACACUACCUCAGUGUCCAUAUGCGUAAGCAUGCAGGAGAUCUAAGGUACAAAUGUAAUCAGUGUCCAUAUCGUUGCCAUCGCAUCGACCAGCUGAACAGCCAUAAACUCCGUCACCAGGAAAAAUCCUUGAUCUGUGAGGUGUGUGCGUACUCCUGCAAGAGAAAGACUGAAUUGCGCAGCCAUAUGCAGCUCAAGCACUCCACAAAGGCAGAUCCUCAAACUCCUGUUUACCAGUGCACGUUUUGCCCUUACACAACAAAGUACCGCCAAGCGCUGCAUAGCCACGAGAACUGCAGGCACACCCAGACACGCGUUUUCCGCUGCGCAUUGUGCCGCUACACCACAUUUAGCAACACCGGCCUUUUCCUGCAUAAAAAGAAAUCCCAUGGAUAUGUGCCUGGAGAUGUGGGGUGGCUUGAGAAAUAUGCACAGAAAGAAAAAGAGCAAAGCUCUGUGGAUUUGACGCAUAACUUUUUCUCCAAAACCACAGCACCUCAGACCUCAAAUUCAGAAUAUAGGGAAGAAACAGUUAAUGCAAAAGUUUCUAAUAGGACUAUAGAUGACUCAAAAGAUAUGUCCGUGAAUGAGAAUGAAGCAAUAUCAGCCACUAUUGGAGGAACUGAGGAAAUUACUUUAGUACAGCAGGCCAGUUUUGAUAUUGAAUCUGCAAGAGAAGAGGCAAGUAAUCUUUCUGAAGGAGAUCCAAAUAAUGAAGAACAGUGUGGCUCCCCACGUUUUACUUCCCAAACUAGUCAGAGUAGCACACAAAUGGUACUUGCCGAGACAGUAAAUAUACACGACACAGCAUUUGAAGGCCAUUCUGAAUCUCACACAUUGCAAACAGUCCACCAGAACUUCCCACAACCAUCAGCUGAUGAUGAUGAUGACAAUGCAGCUUACUUUGAGGAUCAAAGUGACUCUGAAGAGUUGCCACCAUUGACAGAAACUGAAAGGAACAGGGAGGGACUCCAUCAGGAGAAAUGUGUAGAGGCCUCGGCUUCUGAGACUCGUUUGCAUGUCAUGAGAAAACAGGAUAAAGACCAGGCUGAAGCCCUUGUACUAGAGGGCAGGGUGCAGAUGCUUGUCGUCCAGACACGGGAUAAUAUGUAUCAGUGUAGCCGCUGCUCCUAUGUGACCAGAAAGCAUGCAGCAUUAAUCCGGCACUGCAAGUCGUCCUGCCAGGUCAUGAAGGCAGGACUACGCUGCCAGGACUGUGGUAUGCAGUUUAAACAGCAGCGUUCUUUGAACACCCACCUCCGGAAGUGUCGGUCACUGCUGAGGCACAGAAAGAAGUCUGUUUUCACUAGCACUGUAGGUAAAUCAGGGAGUUGUGAAGGUAGUUCAGGGAGUGAUGCAUCUAUGCAAGUACAGAGUACAACUCUUAAAUCCCUAACAAUGCAUCCUGAACCGGUUGAAGUCAAUGAUUCUACAGAUUCAAGAGUACAAGAUGAUGGUGACUCACAUCCUGAACUUGUUGAAGUCAAUGACUCUACAGAUUCAAGAGUACAAGAUGAUGGUGACUCACCGUCUCCUAUUAUAGCUGUUGCAGUAAAUGAGACUGAUUCCCUGACAAGCACAAAUAAAGGAGGGCAGGCGAUUGUGAGGAGUAAAAACAAGAUGGCAGAAAAGGAGGCAUUGGUAAAUGAUGAGAUUUUGGGAUAUAUUGAAGAUGAUGGUAGGUAUAGUUGCAGAAAAUGUCCUUUCUCAUCUGUUAGGAAAGUCACAAUAGGUCGGCAUUGUGCAACAUGCAGUGGAAGCACCAAUAAGGUAGAUUUGGCUGAGAUGGGAGAGCAGUUUGAGCAAGAAGAUAAUCCUAGUGAUUCAGAACAUGAUCAGGAGCAAGACGGGGCAAAUGACUCAGAAAGGGAUUCAGUAGAAGAAGAGAGACCCCAAGACCCCAAACCUCGUUUCUCAUGUCCCAAAUGUCCUUUUCUCUGCCACCAAAAGAGAGCUCUAGCAAGUCAUCAGAUAAAGGGCUGUUUAAAACCAGGUGAAACACAGUGUCCACAGUGUUCAUUUGUUGCCAAAUCGGAAAAAUCUCUCAAUCAUCAUAUCCUAGGUCAUAAGAAAGAGAAGAAGGUUUCUAGAGGUAAAAUAUCUGGCAACCUACGGUGCAAUCUUUGCUCAUUCACCUGCAAGCAAGAGCGCUGCCUGACACAGCAUGUUGCUGUGAAGCAUGAGGGAGUCCGUCCUCACCAAUGCCGCUUCUGUUCAUUUAGCACAAUCCGUCGCUAUCGACUUGAGGCCCAUGAGUCCAUGCACACAGGUGUUGGGAGGCAUUGCUGUGAUCUCUGUGGCCAAACUUUCGGCACCACAUCUAGACUACGCUUGCACCAUCAACGCAUUCAUGACAAACAGGCAACGCACUUCUGUUCACUUUGUGACUACAGAGCUUAUAACCUCAAUGACAUCAACCGCCACAACUUGAGCUGCCACACUGGUGAUCUUAGCUACCAUUGCAGCCAAUGCAAUGCACGUUUCGUCUCUGAUGUUGCCCUUAGGCAACAUUCCAACCGAGCACAUCCAGAUGCUAACAGCUUGUCUUGCACCCAAUGUAGCUUCACCUGUGGUUGCCAGGCUGCUCUCAAAACACAUAUCCAGCAUGAACAUUCUGAAAUCAAGACGAAAGAUCCUCAAAAUGGUCCAGAAAAACAAAGCAAGAUGUCCAUCAGCCAUCAGUGCUCAGUCUGUUCCUUUAGUACCCAUAAAAGACUCCUUCUGGUCCAGCAUAUGUCAGAUGAGCAUGAAGAUGGACCAGCAGAGAAGAAAACUCUUAAGUGUGAUGUCUGUGGUUUCUCUUGCACCCACCAAGUGGUGUUUGACCAGCAUGUGCGGUCACACGGAGGAACUUGCCUCUUUAAGUGCACUGAAUGCGAGUUUUCCACCAGAAACAAACAGAAGAUCACCUGGCACAUUCGAAUCCAUACGGGAGAGAAACCUUACCGGUGUGAGAAGUGCAAUUAUGCAUGUGCUGAUCCUUCAAGACUGAAGUAUCACAUGAGGAUUCACAUGGAGGAACGCAAGUAUCUCUGCCCAGAAUGUGGCUACAAAUGCAAAUGGGUAAACCAGCUGAAGUAUCACAUGACAAAACAUACAGGUGCCAAACCUUAUGCAUGUGAGGACUGCGAGUACCGCACCAACCGUGCCGAUGCCCUGCGCAUCCACCGGGAGACACGUCACCGAGACGUGCGUUCCUUUAUAUGCGAGAAGUGCGGAAAGGCUUUCAAGACACGCUUCCUCCUCAAGACACACCAGAGAAAGCACAGUGAGGAGCGACCUUAUGUGUGCUCCAUAUGCCAAAGAGCGUUCCGCUGGCCUGCGGGUCUCCGCCAUCAUUAUCUGUCCCACACAAAUAAGCUGCCAUUUUACUGCCUCCACUGUCCCUACAGGGCAAAACAGAAAUUUCAGGUUGUAAAGCACCUUCAGAGACAUCACCCAGACUUGCCUGUUCAAGAUGGUGUGGGUAAAGACCAAGAGGCCUCUAUGAGUACACAAAAGACCUGGAUUAGGGAAGCGGAAGAGAGACAAGAGGAUGGGCAAACUGCUUUAGAGCACAUGCAAACAGCAGGGGAUAUGUAGCUGUGCUUCUGUAUACAUCUCAAUUGACAUUUCUUUGUCCUAUGAAAGUAUUCCAUGUAAUUAAAAUCAAAACCCUCAUUCAAACCACACUGAAUAAAUAUUUUUACGAUAUAAUUAUUAAUGUUUACUCCUUUAAAAGGCAUUUUUCAAAGAAAUUUUUUUUAGCUGCAAAUGUACAGUACAUACAUAAUGGAAAUAAAAGUCAUUUACUUUGAA